AUGCAAGGCCUCGCGCCAUCUUCCAAGCUGCCUCUGACCAUCGUGGUCGUGGUGUUUCUCCUCGGCAUGGCGGGCGCCGCCCACGGCCUGACGAGGGUCGUCGCCAACAGCCCCGACGAGCCGUGCAUGAACAUGACGCUCUACUACCACGACAUCCUCUACAACGGCAACAACACGGCCAACGCGACGACGGCGGCGGCCACCAAGCCGACGGUGCUGGCCAAGACCUACAGGAAGAACAGCACCUACUUCGGCGCGCUGAUGGUGUUCAACGACCCCAUGACGGUGGGGAAGGCGCUGCCCCUGGCCGGGGAGGAGCCAGCGGCGCGCGCGCAGGGGUUCUACUUCUACGACAAGCAGACGCGGGACUUCUCCGUCGUCGGCGGCACCGGCGACUUCUUCAUGGCGCGCGGCGUCACAACCAUCCGCACUGACGCCAUCGAGGGCCUCUACUACUUCCGCCUGCAGAUGGACAUCAAGCUCUACGAGUGCUACCUCUGACUCUGACGAUACAGCAUGGAUGCAUGCCCUGUGUGUGUGUCAAUUGAUGUGCUGCUGAUGUUGUUUAUGCCUUUCCAUAUUUUUUCUUUUGUGUGUGUGAUGGGUUGCUUGUGUAUCAUUGCCGCAUACGCCCAUAAGUAUCUUUACUGUUUAGCAAGAUUGA